AUGGCUGCUAACGGUGACUCGCGUCCCGCGCCGGGCGACCGUACCGUCAUUGGUAUCACCUUUGGCAACUCCAACUCCUCUAUCGCCUAUACCGUCGACGAGAAGGCUGAGGUUAUUGCAAACGAGGACGGAGACCGUCAGAUUCCCACCAUCCUCUCCUACGUUGAUGGUGAUGAAUACUAUGGAGCCCAGGCCAAGAACUUCCUCGUCCGGAAUCCCACCAACACCAUCGCAUACUUCAAGGACUUCCUUGGCAAGGAGUACGAGACAUUCCAUCAAAAGUUCAAGUCCAUUGACCCUACGCACAACCACGCCUCCGCCCACCCCCAGGAUGUCAACGGCACCGUUUCCUUCUCCGUGAAGGACAAGGAGGGCGAUGAGCCUUCGACCGUCCCCGUCUCCGAGGUUGCCACGCGCUACAUCCGCCGCCUUGUCGGUUCCGCCUCCGACUACCUUGGCAAGAAGGUCACUUCUGCCGUUAUCACUGUCCCCACCAACUUCUCAGAGAAGCAGAAGGACGCCCUUGUGAAGGCCGCCGCCGACGCCGGUCUUGAGGUUCUUCAGCUCAUUUCCGACCCUAUUGCCGCCGUCCUUGCCUACGAUGCCCGCCCCGAGGCCGAGGUCAAGGACAAGAUCAUUGUCGUCGCUGACCUUGGUGGCACCCGCUCCGACGUUGCCGUUGUCGCAUCCCGUGGUGGCAUGUACACCAUCCUGGCCACCGCCCACGAUUACGAAUUUUCUGGCAGCCACCUUGACCAGGUUUUGAUGGACCACUUCGCCAAGGAGUUCAUCAAGAAGCAUAACGUCGACCCCCGUGAGAACGCUAGGUCUCUAGCCAAGCUCAAGCUCGAGUCCGAGUCUACCAAGAAGGCCCUGUCUUUGGGCACCAACGCCAGCUUCAGCGUCGAGAGCUUGGCAGACGGUUUUGACUUCACUUCUACCAUCAACCGGCUGCGUUACGAGAUGGCCGCCCGCAAGGUCUUUGAGGGUUACAACCGCCUUGUCGAGGGUGUCAUCAAGAAGGCCGAGCUCGAUGUCCUUGACAUUGACGAGGUCAUCCUUUCUGGCGGCACUGCUCACACUCCUCGCAUCGCCGCCAACUUCGCCAACCUCUUCCCCGAGUCCACCACGGUCGUUGCUCCUUCCACCGUCACUACCGCCAUUAACCCCUCGGAGCUCCAGGCUCGUGGUGCCGCCCUCCAGGCCUCCCUGAUCCAGGAGUACGAGGCCGACGACAUCGAGCAGAGCACCCACGCCGCCGUCACGACUGUCAAGCACAUUGCCAAUGCUAUUGGUGUCGUUGGCGCCGAUGAGGAAUUCGUCCCCGUCGUUCCCGCCGAGACCGCUGUCCCCGCCCGCCGCACCGUUCACCUGUCUGGCCCUAAGGAUGGUGGCGAUGUCCUGAUCCGCGUCGUCGAGGGUGGUGCCCACAUUAAGGUUACCAAGCCCGAGCCCAAGGCUAAGCCCGAGGCCAAUGGCGACGAGGAGGAUUCCGACUUCGAUUCCGAUGAUGAAGAGGAGGAGACUCGCGAGAAGAUCUGGAAGGUCGGCCCUACUCUGGCUGAGGCUGCUGUCCGUGGCGUCGGCAAGGGCUCCAAGGUCGAGGUUACCAUCAACGUUGCUGCUGACCUUGGCCUCACGAUAACGGCGAGGGAAGUCGGUGGCAAGGGUGGUGUCCGCGGUAACGUCACCGCCCCUUGA